UCCCAAUAGACAACCUUUAACCACUUCCCACUUAUUCUGUCAACACAAAUAUUAAACCACUUCCCAAUUCUCACAAAACACCAAAACUACGUGUAUCUAAAGUUAAUGGCAGCCCUUAAUGACCAUUCCGAUGUAAUUACCGACCCUAAUUACGUCUCUAAGCCAAACUCCUCCAACGACAUCUCCUCCCCAGAGGAUUACCCCGAGGGAGCUUACGCUUCGAGCGGUAGCUACAAGAUGAAUUCCGACCAUCAAGGAUUUGUAUUCCACCCUUCGGACCAAUCUGUUCACGAACAUUCUUUGAUAGACUUCAACGGAUCGUUUCUUAACUUCGUUCAUCAGCCGAGCUUCGACCCGGUUAUGGAGGGCAACAACAUGAACUAUGGCUACUCAUCAAGUUGGAGCAAUCAUCAGAUUGGUAGCCCUAAUCCCUUUGAAAAAACGAGCAGUUUCACAUUGGAAGCCAGUUCUAGAAGUACAACCACGAGCCAUGACCAUGGAGAUUGGUUAUACUCCGGUUCAAGGCCGGUCUCCCCGUCUCUCAAAUCAGAUGGAAACAAACGUCCUUACACGGGAGAGAGCGCUCAAGCUUCGAAGAAGCCAUGCGGUGGUUCGAACGUGAAGGCUAAACCAAAGGCAACAUCUUCGGCAAAAGAUCCGCAAAGCGCUGCAGCUAAGAAUCGAAGGGAAAGGAUAAGCGAACGUCUCAAGAUAUUGCAAGAACUGGUCCCCAAUGGAACAAAGGUUGAUUUGGUCACUAUGCUCGAGAAGGCCAUUAGUUAUGUCAAGUUUCUUCAACUACAAGUUAAGGUUCUGGCGGCUGAUGAAUUUUGGCCCUCACAAGGAGGGAAAGCUCCUGACAUUUCUCAAGUAAAAGAAGCCAUUGAUGCAAUCCUCUCAUCACAACAACGAGACAAGAACUCAAUUCCCAAAUCAAAUUGAAUUUUAUCAUAAAUUAUUUAACAUUGUGUAAUAAUUUAAGGAUAAUGAGAACAGUAAUUCUCUAGAUAACUUCGACUACUCAUAAUAUUAUGUGACUUUAUAUAUAUGGUGUCGAGGAAUUCCUAAUACAUUAAUA